AGAAGAAACAGCAGCUAGCUGUUUGGUUAGAAACUUUCACAUGUUUCACAGCUCGUCAUUGCUGAAUUGAGAUAUUUUUAUUCAGGAAACGGUUAUUUGUAGUUUCUUCUCCUAGAGGUCUUCAGGGGAAUAAAAUGGGUGACUGUAUUUGAUGCUUCUGUCACCUCCUCUCUGCAGAUGGUCCUCUGCCUCUCUCCUCUCUGAGGCUCCUGGCUCCUCCUCUGCGGGUCAUGUCGGCCGUGAUGUGGAAGGUGGUUCAUCUGAGGAGCAUGAAGCAUUACGGGAAAGUGGAGGAGUUUGUGUCCAUGGUAACUGAAGCCAUCCCUGACCUGCUGACAGACAGACAGAUGAGGCUACUCACUCUGGGCUUAAGAGCAAAGAUGAUGCUACAGAUGUUGAGUUCUGAACAACCCGAGGAUCUCACUGCUGUGAAAACACACCUGAAGAUGCUGCUGUCAUCCAGCUCAAAGCAGGUUCUUCAAAGAGAUGAAGAUCUUGAAGAGAACUUUGUCAGGCUUGUUCAAAGACUCUUGGAGGACCCAAAAGAAACACAACAUUUUCUUAAGAAUGUGUUUCCUGUGGUGUACGGGCCCGACUUUGAUUCAGCUUUGGAGACACUGCUUUGUGAGUUCUUCACCAGGCUGGAAGAAGUGCUGCGCAUACCAGACUUUAAGCAGACUGCAGUGUGGAUCAGUGACACGCCCUCUGUGCUGGAGGAGUGUAUGCAUUGUGUGUCCAGAGAGGACGACCUCAGAGUGCUGCUCUGGAGCAAGGCCUGCCGAGGUGAAGUGGCCAACAAGCAUAGCAGCGAUCCCUCUCACUCAGAGCAGCAGCUCUUCUCAUCAUUAUCUCUUCCUCCUUCACUGCAAACGGCCACUGCCAAAGAUACAGAAUCUAACACAGAGACAGAAAACCAAAGACAAUUUGAGCCUGUUUCUCCUGAGGAGACAGCAGACCCAGAGAUGCUGGAAUCAAGGUUUCUAUUUGAAGAGGAAACAAACAUUGUGGACAGUAACAUUGCACAACGAAUAACAGAAGGUCUUCUCAGUGAUCCUAAAGUUUUCAGGGUGGAGAAAAACAAUGGCAUAUCUUCAGCCCCCUGCCAAGCUCCCUCUACAUCUUGUCAGAGUCCCGGGAUGUCUGCCUCCCUUAUCCGCUGUCCACGUAAGAGAGUUGCUAACAAAUGUCCUCAUUGUGGAAAGUGCUUCAUUUACCGCUAUAAACUCCUGGAGCAUCAGCGGGUGCACACUGGUGAAAACCCUUACAAGUGCUCUCAGUGUGGAAAGGCCUUCAGGAGGACUUCUGACAUGUCGAGUCACAGGCGGACUCAGUGCACAAAAGCAGCUUAUGUCUGCAUCAAAUGUGGGGAAAGCUUUCAAACAGUACGGGAGAAAUUCAGACACAGAUGUGUCCAAAAUGUCCAAACGUUCGACUGUUCCCAGUGCGGGAGAAGCUUUAAAAAAAUGUACCUGCUGUGUAAACAUAAAGUGACCCACACACAGGAUCGGACCUACACAUGCAAACAGUGCGGGCGGGUUUACCCCACCAUGAGAGAGCUGCGAAACCAUCAGAAGAUCCAUCCAACUGAGCCGUCCCAUAAGUGUGCACAGUGUGGGAAGUUUUACAGCUCGGUGGCCAGUUUGACAGCACAUGAGGUGCGUCACGAGCAAAACAAGACACAGAUGUGUGUUUACUGCGGCAAGGCUUUCAAGACCAAAAGUGACCUGAAACUGCACACGCGCAGUCACACAGGCGAGAGGCCGUUUCAGUGCACAUACUGUGCGAAACGUUUCUCUGUGUCAGGAAACCUCACUAUACACAUGAGGAUCCACACUGGAGAAAAGCCAUUUCUGUGCUCUGACUGUGGCAAGGCUUUUGUUUCAGCAGGCGAGCUGCAGAUUCACAGGCGCACCCACACAGGAGAGAGGCCGUACAAGUGCACCAUAUGUGGACGGGGAUUCACCAUGGCAGGAAAACUAAAGCUUCAUAUGCGCGUUCACACCGGCGAGCGUCCUUAUGUCUGCUUAGAAUGCGGGAAGGGUUUUUCACGCGGUGCCGAGUUGAAAAUACACAACAUGAAGCACGCAGGGGUUCGACCGUUCAUUUGUCACCUGUGUGCAAAGACUUACACAUGCACCAAUCACCUGAAGAGACAUUUGAAAACUCACAGUGUACUUUGAAAGCAAACAGGUCAACACUGAUCCCCUGAUGGUCUUUCUUUCGUUUUAGCUGCUGGUGGUUUUGACUUUAUGCUCUGUGUAAUAUGUCGCACAGUUGAUCUCUUUUGUAAGGAUUAUAUCGCAGAAAUCGGUGUUCUGUGUCGAUGUUGGUUUAUUUGUUUUGUUCUCAUAAAACCUAAUGCAUAUGUUGAAAAGUGUCUAAUAAGAUAAGAUAAUACUUUAUUGAUCCCCAGAGGGGAAAUUCGGGCAUUGCAGCAGCACAGACAAGAAAGCUCAAAAUACACAUUAAACAGAAUAGAUAAGAUAA